UAAGUUAGGGUAGGAUUUCGACCUGUCCGAUUCUGUCGAGGGCGGGACUUAGUUCAGACAAGACGAGACGGAGCGAGAAGAAGCACGAGGACAGAGAGAGAGAGGAUGCUAGCUGCUCCAGGUUCCUGUUAUUCUUUGUAAAUACAGUAUUAGUAAGAAUUAAGACCCAGCGACUCUGUGUAACCUCAACCAGCCGGAGUGUGAGGAGACGUGUUGGGAGACGUUUGACUGAGUGUAAUUAGCUAAACUGUUAGCAAGUGGAACCGAGUUAGCUGACUGCCUGCGUCAGGCUGCACGUGGGAAGCCUGGGUUUGAUUCCGAGUGUCUGAUGUGCCUCGGACUCUGCCACUCGUGCUGCUGCAGUACAGGUGCUCGGGACCUGCCGCCAGGGACUUCGUGCACGUGGACAGAGCGUGUCUUCCUUCUUCUCGCCGCGGGAUCUGGGGCUCGAGUGGACGGUUGCUACCAGGGGACCGUUUACAUGCUGAUGGUGAAGUGGAGCGACCUCUCAGAGAAGCUGAUCUACAGGACGUAUCCUGAGAUCCACACCUUACACAAAUCCCUGAAGGAAAUGUUUCCCAUCGAGGCUGGUCAAAUAGAAAAGAGGGACAGGAUCAUUCCUUCGUUACCAGCGCCUCGCUGGGUGGACUCUCAGAAGUCGACAGAAACCAGACAGGUCACCCUGUCCGACUACUGCCAGUCACUCAUCAACCUGCCACCUCACAUCUCCCGCUGCACUCUCCUCUCCAACUUUUACAAAGUUCGACCAGAGGACGAGAACCCACCAGCCGCCAACACACAAAAGAGAAAUGAGACGUUUGUGGUGUCUAGAGACUUGGCUCGAGGAAAGGCUUCUGAGAUCUCUGGCCCCAUCAUACUGGACACCUACAGGGUGAUCGCAGACUUUGCCAAGACGUCCAAAUACGAGAUCGAGCUGCGAAACGGCGACUUGGUGGAAAUCGUGGAUAAAAAUCAAAACGGUUGGUGGUUCUGUCAGUGCGACACUAAACGAGGCUGGGCGCCAGCGUCGUACCUGGAGCCUCUCGACCAGCCGGACGAGGCCGAGGAUGCCGAACCAGACUACGAAGGAGAGCUGUUCAUCACCUCCAACGCCUACAAGGCCGAGCAGGAGGACGAGAUUUCUCUGGAGCUUGGGGAAACCAUUGAGGUCAUCCACAAGCUGCUGGACGGCUGGUGGGUCGUCAGAAAAGGAGAAGAGACCGGACAUUUUCCCUCCAUGUAUCUGCAGAAGGCGGGAAAACGAGAGAGACAAGAGGCUGGACGGACAAACCCACAAGGACAGAAACUUCCACCUCGCAGAUCCACCAUUAGAAACGCCAAGAGCAUUCACAAGAAGUCUCGCCAGAAGCUCAGUCAGGACACCUACCGCAGGAACAGCCGCCGAUACCUCCAGCAGAAGGAUGGUCGCCGCACCGAGCCACAAAGGAACUCCAAGAACAAUGCCAAGUCGCCCCUGAAGGAGAGGAAAAACCAGGACAACAUCCCUGAGCCCGGAUCCAGCUCGGAGAGCGAGGUGAAGCGGGAGGCUCCAGUCGUUCCUCCCCGCCCGAGUCCAGAGCUCAUCCUGGAGCGAUGCACGGACAACACCCGGAAGAGAGUCAGCGUCAAGUCAUGCUCCAACUCCAGCAGCGAAAGUGGAGAUAAAGGAAACACACACACACAGGAAAUACAAUCUGUCUGAGGCGCUUUUAAUAGUUAUAAAUUACAUAACUCUCUAAAACACCUCACAAACAUAUUGUUUCAUUGUCGAAGAAAGAUUCAGUGAUUUCCUAAACAGCUCUUAUUCAAAAAGUAGAGGAAACUAGUGCUUCAGUAGCGGAUUAAUCCAAGAAAUAUUUAAAAGAGAAAAUUGUCAUUUUAUGCUUUGUUAUAUUUCAUGCGGAUUCAGCAAACAAGAUAUAACAUAUUAAUAUCAAAUAUAGUCAGUUUCAGACAGAGCCAGGCUAACUGUUCCCUCCAGUUUCCAGUCCUUGUGCUAAGCUAAGCUAACCUGCCUGUUGUUGUAGAUUUAUAUUCAACAAACAGACGUCAAUCUGAAAUCAGCAUAUUUGUUAGAAUAAUGAACUUUCACUGUGGACGUCUGCAUUGAUUUAUUUCAACGCAUGAAAUCCGUGGAGCUUUAUUUUUAUU